AUGGACAUGUCUUCAUCGGCCACUGGCGCCGGCGCCGCAUCUGGAACAGCAAACGACAUAGAGGGCUGGAAGCCGUACCUUCACACAUCGCUCUUCUCGCCCUUUUCCAACGUACCCGCUUCAGGCGAGGCAUUCUUGUUUCCCACGUUCCGCAUUUACAGCCGCUCGACGUUCUUGGCAGCAUGCGCGUUCACGUUUACGCUGGCGCUCCUCGAGAGGUGGUUGACAUUCUUACUCGAUCGAGUGCUUAGCCUGGAAGAACCUGCCUCGGUGGCAACGGGUGGUCAAGGCUGGACGGCUGCUCGACGAGCAAAUGCGACACGAGCCGGCGGGGCAGCAAGCGCCCGUCGCACAGCAGGAGGCGGAAGCGUGUACAUCCACCUCCCCGCCACCGAAGCGCCGCGUUUUCAGAACCUCGAAAAGGGAGCCAAGCCAACAGCGAUCAAGCUAGUCGCCCGGAAUGCAGUGUUCUUCGCAGCCACACUGCUGCGCUACGUGCUCAUGAUAAUCGGAAUGGGCAUGGAUUGGUUCAUGCUGUUGUCAGUGGUUUCUGGGCUGACUCUUGGACACCUGCUUACGGAUCUCUAUGUAGUGUCGAAGAUGAAAAGCCAGAGGGGGGCGGAAAGAGGAGCAGAGGAGCUAGAGCUGCUUCAACAGGAUUUCGAUGCCCAGCUGGACGAGGAUGACGGAGAAGACGGUGAAAAACUCGAACGCCGGGAGGACGGAGGUCAAGGAGCGGGGUUGGGAGCUACGCACCGACGUAGUACGUCUAGACAGACAAACAUCGCCGUCACGCCGUAG